AUGGAAGUAGAAUAAGUUUAGGAAUAGUCUUAAAAUUAAAAAGAAAUUUCAAAUGAAGAACUUUAAGUCUAUGAUAGACAAAGGUUCAUAGGAGUUGAAGUAUAAAAAAGAUUAUUAAACGCCAAAGUUUUUAUCACUCCUGCAAAUGGUGUUAACACAGAAUUAGCAAAAAAUUUAAUUCUUUGCGGUACAAAUAUAUCAAUUGCUGAUAACGAGAUUGUCAACUAGGAUGAUGUUGAAACAAAUUUCCUUAUUGCACCUCACGAUUUAGGAAAAAUAAGAGGUGAAGUUGUUAAAGCUAAGCUAUAAGAUAUGAAUCCAAUGGUUAAAAUAGACCUUUAUCAAACAUUUGAUAUUAAGUCAUUUUACUAAAAAUAUAUUCUUGAAAACAAUGUUGAUUGUUCUUUUACUAAAGAAUUCUUCAAUUAAUUCAAUAUAAUAACUUCUUCAACUCCAAUCUUUAAAGAAAUGGAAUUGUAUGACGAAAUAAGUCACUUUUUAAAUAUUCCUUAUUACAACCAACUUUGCUGUGGUCUUUAUGGUUUCUUUUAUGUUUCUCUUGGCUCUCUAUUCGAAUUGACACAAGCUAAACCUAAGAUAUAAAAGACAAAAAUUGUUUAAGGAAAACUUGUCAAAGAACCUAUUUUAUUUGAGUAUUUCCAUAAAGUUAGCUUGAAAUCAGAAAAAUUAAAAAAUUUCCUUGGAACAAAUCCCAGAGGAUCAAAGCCAGUAUACCAUGCAAUUCAAAUGAUGAAAAGAGCAGAAGAUUUAAAUUUAAGAUAUGAUCCUUACAAUCACAGUGAGGAAAACUAAAAGGUUUUAGAAUAAAUAGUAGAGCUUGCUCAAGAAAAAAUUAAAAAUGAGGAAGAUAGAGAAUUCUAUACAAAUUUUGCAAAAUUCUAUGGAAUUGAACACUGUCCAGUAUACUCAGUUAUUGGAAGUGUAGCAAGCCAAGAAUUUAUCAAAGUUAUUGCCAAGGAUAAAAUGCCUGCCCUUAAUUGGUUUGUAUAUGAUAGCUAAAUUGGAUAUGGUAAAAUAGAAAGCUAAACUGAUAAAAUAGAUGCAACAUAUGUAGAUUUACCUGAGUUAACAAGAAAAGUUGAAGAAUAGCAAGAAUGA